CCGCGCGGGCUGCUCCGGCGACGGCCCCGUGCGAGCGCAGCGGCACCGAGCGGUUCCCCCCCCCCCCCCCCGCGGCGGCGGGGCCGGGACCAUGCGGGCGGCGGCGGCGGCCCCCGGGGCGCCCUGAGCGCGGCGGCAGCGAGCCAUGGCCGGGGCGGCGGCGCUGACGGCGGUGCGCACCGAGGGCGCGGACCGGCCCGGCGGGGCCCCCCGGUGCGGCCGCCGCGGGCUGCUGGGGGCUCCGCGUCCCGGGGCCGCCGCCGCCGCCGCCCGCCCCGCCGCGGCCCCGCGCUGCUGCCGCCGCCGCCUCCAGAACUGCCUCUACAACGUGCUGGAGCGGCCCCGCGGCUGGGCCUUCGUCUACCACGUCUUCAUAUUCCUCCUCGUCUUCAGCUGCCUGGUGCUCUCCGUCUUCUCCACCAUCCAGGAGCACCAGAAACUGGCCAACCAGUGCCUGUUCAUCCUGGAGUUCGUCAUGAUCGUGGUGUUCGGCAUGGAGUACAUCGUCCGCGUCUGGGCGGCCGGCUGCUGCUGCCGCUACCGCGGCUGGAGGGGCCGUUUCCGCUUCGCCAGGAAACCCUUCUGCGUGAUAGAUUUCAUCGUCUUCAUCGCCUCGGUGGCCGUCAUCGCCGCCGGCACCCAGGGCAACAUCUUCGCCACGUCGGCACUGCGCAGCAUGCGCUUCCUGCAGAUCCUGCGCAUGGUGCGCAUGGACCGCCGCGGCGGCACCUGGAAGCUGCUGGGCUCCGUCGUCUACGCUCACAGCAAGGAGCUCAUCACAGCCUGGUACAUCGGCUUCCUCGUCCUCAUCUUCGCCUCCUUCCUCGUCUACCUGGCCGAGAAGGAUGCCAACGGGCAGUUCGCCACCUACGCCGACUCGCUGUGGUGGGGCACGAUCACCCUCACCACCAUCGGCUACGGCGACAAGACGCCCCAGACGUGGCUGGGCCGGAUGCUGGCGGCCGCCUUCGCCCUGCUCGGCAUCUCCUUCUUCGCGCUGCCGGCCGGCAUCCUGGGCUCCGGCUUCGCCCUCAAGGUGCAGGAGCAGCACCGGCAGAAGCACUUUGAGAAGAGACGGACGCCGGCGGCAAACCUCAUCCAGGCCGCCUGGCGCCUGUACUCGACGGACGCCGGCCGCGCGUACCUGACCGCCACGUGGUGCUACUACGACAGCCUGCUGCCCUCCUUCAGAGAGCUGGUCCUAAUCUUUGAGCAUUUGCACCGAGUCCGCAACGGAGGAAUUAGGAAUUCAGAGGUGAAAAAAUGGCCUGACGGAGCCCCACCGCCUUAUCAGUCCUUCACCUCUGGCCCGAAAAGCGUCAGCCCCGCCACUUGUGCGGGGGAAAGCAACAAGAUGGGCAUCAAGGACCGCAUCCGCCUGAGCACCCCGCAGCGGCAGGGCAGCCGGGGCAGGCAGCCGCUGGGGCCACCGCUGCACCGCUCCCCCAGCACCGAGGACGUCCCCGAGGCCGCCAGCCCCACCAAGGUGCAGAAGAGCUGGAGCUUCAACGACCGGACCCGCUUCCGGGCGUCGCUGCGGCUCAAAGCCCGGCUGCCGGCGGAGGCGCCCGCUCUCGCGCCCGCAGCCGACUGCCCGCCCGAGGACAGCAGCGAGGAGAAGAGCUCCCAGUGCGACCUGGCUGCUGAGGACGUCAUGCCGGCGGUGAAGACCCUCAUCCGGGCCGUCAGGAUCCUGAAGUUCCUGGUGGCCAAGAGGAAGUUCAAGGAGACCUUGCGGCCCUACGACGUCAAGGACGUCAUCGAGCAGUACUCGGCCGGCCACCUGGACAUGCUGGGCAGGAUCAAGAGCCUGCAGACGCGCGUGGACCAGAUCGUGGGCAGGGGGGCCCUCGCCGCCGACAAGAAGGCCCGGGAGAAGGUGGAGAAGCCGGUGCUGGAGCCGGAGCUGGUGGACGAGCUCAGCAUGAUGGGCCGGGUGGUCAAGGUGGAGCGGCAGGUGCAGUCCAUCGAGCACAAACUGGACCUGCUGCUCGGCCUCUACUCGCAGUGCCUCCGCAAGGGCUCCAGCAACUCCUUCAGCCUGGCCGCCGUGCAGGUGCCCCGCUGCGAGCCCGACAUCACCUCCGACUACCACAGCCCCGUGGACCACGAGGACAUCUCCGUCUCCGCCCAGACCCUCAACAUCUCCAGGUCGGCCAGCGCCAGCAUGGACUGAGCAGGAGGUGGCAGGGCAGGGCCACGAGAGCCGCGCGAGGGGCCGGGGAGCGGCGGCCGGCCUCCUCCGCCGGGUCUCCCAGUUUUACUUGAAACGCGUCUUCCUUCGCGGGCGAAUCGCCUGGUCCGGGAGCCGCGCGGGUGCCGAGCACGGCUGCAGCUGGUGCCCGCUCUGGGCACGGGGCAGGAGCCCCGAGGCGCUGCUCUGCGCACGGACCCCACUCCUGCAGCCCUCCUGCCCUUCCCGGAGGGAGCAGAGCCCCAGCCGGGGCUCCAAACGCGACCCCCGCUCCGUCCCCAGCCCUCCGGGAGCCGAGCCGGAGGCACCGACAGCUAUGCAAGGCUGGGUGGCCCUUCGGUGGCUGGUGCUGGCGUUGCGGCCCGCCUGAAUGUGGUUUUAUCUGUGGAGCUCCCGGCCGCGGCGGUGGCCGGGGCCUGCCCGGAUUGGGGGGGUUGGGGGGGGGUCCGUCCCCCCUCGCCCACCUCCGCCUGGGCUUUCUCUCGCCCUGCUCGCAGGGCUGCAGCUCGGUACCUCUAGAAGCACAGCAGAGCCUUCUGCCUGCCCGUGCAUGCUCCCAAGGCAAUAUAUAUAUAGGAGAUAUAUAUAUAUAUGUUUAUGCAACAAUGUCUGAAUAUGCAACGCCCCUGGGCAGAGCAGCCCGCGGGGACAUAGGCAAUAAGCCUCUCCCCGGGCAGCACGCAGCGCUGGGUUCCUCCCUCGUGGCCCUGCUGCCUUGGCAGCGUGCGGCCGAGCCCGGCUGCUCUGGGGACCCAGCCGCUGCGCCGUGCGGAGCCGCGGGGACGCAGACGCGGGCGAUGGGGACGGUGGUCCCCGAGGAGCGUCCCUGCCCAGUGCCACCCGUGCCGCCUUGCACGCCGGUCGCAGCAGAGCCGCUGCCGCUCGCUCCCUGCCCCGCUCCUCUCUGCUGCUGGGAGGCCCCGGCGCUGCUUUCCGCUCCCCGCGUGCCGGGGGACAGCAAUGAUCACGGUCGUGCCAAAGUUUGCCCAGGGCUGGGCCUGGCUCCCGCUCCUGCGUGGCUGGGGGCUCGCGGGGUCUCCAGCCCCCCCUUUCCAACGUCCCCCGUGCCCAGCCGCGGUGCCCCCAUCCCGCUUGUUUCUCUCGCCCCCUUCGUGCAUGGGGCCAGCACGGGCCCUGCCGGAGCCGCUCGCAGCCCCCCGCCUGCUCGUGCACGUGUCUCCGCGCGGGUGCCCGGCCCGGCAGCGGCGGGAUGCGCGGCGGGAUGCGCGGCGGGAUGCGCGGCCGCGGGGCGAGGGUGCAUGCGACAGCUUUGCCGCACCAGCGCGCACAGUAACUAACUCGUAGCCUCCUCCCCGGGCUGGCUGGUGCCGCAGACCUCCCCAGCCGGCGGUAGUUACCUCACUUUAUUAACUUAUUAACUUAUUCGUUCCAUUAAAGUUGGAAGCAGAA